CCCAAGGAUGCAAUUUCCGGAAUAUUGACUCAGAGACUUCGGAUCGCUUCUAAAUUGAAACCAACAUGACCAAUCGACUAAGCAUGGUCGAAAACACCUACUUUGACCUGCUUUAAAGUAACCCAAUGUCAUGGGGUCGAUUUCGAGACUCCAGCAGAAAUGUUUAUACCACCUCAACGGUCAAGCUAUCAAGAUGGGCCUUGCGCAGAUCGAAGAGCUUGAUUUUCUUUAUAGACUGGCUAUUCUUGGAUCUAAGAUCAAACAAGAAUUGUUGUCAGAAUACCGCUCUCGAAAUGUUCAGUAUAAACUGGCCAACUUGCCCACUAACUGACCAAUUAAAUUUCUAUGUACUCCAGAUUGCUAUUUUGAAUGGUGAAAACCGUAGAUCUCUGUCUUUUUCCUAUCAAAAGUUAUUCAAGAAACAGUGGAGGACAUUUUAAAAUAAAUCUGACAAUACUUUGAUUUUUCGCAAAUAGAUUGCUUAAUACAUAUCUAAAUAUAAAUUUUUUAGAAUUUGUUAUCGGUUGAAAGACAUAUCGUCCAUGUGGAAUGGUUGAACUAGAAGUAAAAGACUCCAAAAUACCUGGUAUGAAUAUUUCUUUCUUUUGAUAGUCUCAAAGAAAACAAAAUAAGAAUUAGUAUUUAAUCUCUUUUUAUACAGGAGUUUUACAUUUUAGGAGCCGGUAAGGGUUUAUAUGCAAAAUCUGCUAUAAAUGCUAAUGCAAUAGUUUGCAUCUACAAAGGUCGAACACUACGUACGAUAGAUGCAAUACGACAAAAAGAUAAAACGUAUCUCAUGCGAUUGGGCCCACAAUGUUAUGUUGAUCCAAGUGACGAUGUAACAAUAUUAGGACGUUACAUAAACGAUGCGAGAAAUAAACGAUAUCAAAAUGUUUAUUUUGAUAAACGACCAGAUGAAAAUUGUGCGUAUGUUAUUGCAAAACGAAAUAUUGCUAGUGGUGAAGAAAUAUAUGCCGAUUAUGGACGAUGGUACUGGUUAAGUAAACCUGCUACAAAACUGGAACAAUGA